AACGCUUUCGUCCCGCAGGUGUCCGACAUCGAGGGAAAGAUCGCGGCUCUGAACGCCGGCGGGUCCAAGAAGAAGAUUUCUGGAUCUCAUCAGAGGAAAAAAGCCACACAGGAUUUUUCCAAGGGAAACAACGGAGCCCAGUGGAAAUCCAACAUGUUCUGAAGCUGAAACCUUCAACAUUCAACAAAAGUUUUUCUGCUGAAUCAUCAGAUUAUGUAUUUCUUUAAAAACUCAAAAAAUUAAAAAGAAAACUGACAAAGUUGAAUUCCCAUUUUGAACGUUGACUAAAAUAACAAUGAUAAAAUGAUGUUGGAAAAAGAUUUGCUAUGUAAGCUCUUUGCAAACUGUAAUAAUAGUAUUUAUAUUUACAUUUAAUACUUUCAAUAUCUAGAAAAACAGAAAUCUUUGAACAUUGUGAAUGAUGUUAUAUUUUAAAAAAAUAUAAGAAAUGAAAUCCUUAUAUCCUAAUAUAACGAUUUCAGUCAAACAAAUCGAUUAAUUUAUGAAUUGUAGAAGAGUGUAUUGGUGAUUAAAAGCACUGAUCGGUAUCUGUCGGUGUUUGGCUUUUAGAUCAAUAAACUAUGAUAAGAACUCUGAGGGUGAGUCAUUGACUUUCUUAAAUAUCGUUUACACUCAGGUUUUUAUUUUAUUUAUUAAAUAUAAAAUAACCAAUGAAUGGAUUGAUGGAAUAAUGGUCAGCUUUUACUUUGAAACGUCUUAUCCGGUUAGUGUCUAAAUGCGUCCAGCUUGACAGUGAACAUCCGGUGGUCCCUAAUACUUUUUAUCCCAUUCCGGAUGUGACGCCCGGAAGCGGGCUAACGUUAGCUUAGCGCACGCUAACCCGGGAUGUACCGCGGACCAGCAUCAGAAAAGACACCUCUUUAAUCUGAGACUCCUUCUUAUGACGUGUUUCCGGUUCCAACCACCCGAUGCGGGUGCUUUUGGAUUAAAUGGGACGUUUGUGGAUUAUUCGGCGCCGCCAACAGCCGUAAAAACGACGGGGAUUUACGGAUUUUGGGCCGUGGGCGACGGCCGAACGGCAUCAGGAAAACACCGCGUUUAAACCUGCAGCUGCCGUCCUCAGUGUGACUUUAGCUUCUGGACCUGCUGCGUGACAUCACACCUCCGCGAACACUUCGCCCCCCCGGGGAGAAGCGCCCGGUGAUGGGACUUGAGCUGCGGGACGGAAGAGGACCGCGACCCGAGAGCCGCUGACUCCGCGCCCCGGGAACCGGUUCAGGCCUCGAGUCGGUCUCUGGGUGUCCGGUCCGCGCGGGGCGUCCCGACUAGAGGACCCCUCUGCAGGUAGUCCCCCGGACACCAUGGGGACCCAAGGACCGGCCCGGAAGAGGAUCCCGAACCCGGAGAAGCGGACCGCGGAGGACGACGUGCUGAACGUGAUCGCGCGAGAGGCGGAGGCGCGGCUGGCGACCCGGCGAGCAGAGAGGGCCGAGGCCCGAGAGAUCCGGAUGAAGGAGCUGGAGAGGCAACAGAAAGAGCUGUUUCACAGCCACAAGAAGUAUUAUGGGCUGGAUAAUAAGUGGGGUCGUAUUGAACAGUAGAUGGAGGACAGCGAGCGCUUCUCUCGCCCCUCACGGAGAUACGCAUCGAUGUCUGACGAUGAAGAGAGGAUGUCUGUGGGGAGCCGAGGGAGCCUCAGGCCCUCUGACUGUGGGGGCUUUCUGGCUUCCGGCUCUCGGGCCUCCUCUCGGGCCAGUUCAGCUCGUGCGAGCCCGGUGGUGGAGGAGAAGCCCGACAGAGACUUCGUGGACAAAGGCUCUAGGACCGCCUCCACGCUCUCCGCCGCCACUCUGGCCUCUCUGGGCGGAGCUUCUUCUCGCAGAGGAAGCUGUGACACGUCGUUCUCCGUGGAGACGGAGGCGUCCAUCAGAGACAUGAAGGACUCUCUGGCCGAGUCGGAGGACAAGUACCGUAAAGCGAUGGUCUCCAACGCGCAGCUCCACAACGACAAGUCCACGCUGAUGUAUCAGGUGGAGAACCUGAAGGCGGAGCUCAGCGACAUGGAGGAGCUGCUGUGGGAAUCACGGCGACACUGUGACGACCGGACCAAGGAGUUCGAACGAGAGCUUCAAGCUCACCGAGUUCUUCAGUUCCAGUUUAAAGAGGCAGAAGAAGCUCUGAGACGCACCGAAGAGCUGCUGACGGAGGUUUCUGCCCUCCGCUUGAGGAGCAGCAGUUAUUGUCAGGAGGUGUCUGACCUGCAGGAGGUUCUUCAGUGGAAGGAGAAGAAGAUGGCGGUAGAGCACCAGGCGUUACAGAGGCACAGAGAAACCUCCGACGUGGUUCGGGUGGAGCGCGACCACCUCAGAGACCUGCUGAAGAAACACGGAGUCGUCGUCCCGCCCGAGAACUCCACCAAUGGGGACAGGGGACAGGGUGAGGGUGUCGAUGAGGUCACUGCUGACUCCGCCUCCCCUGAGGAGCCGCCACCCGGCGGCAGAGAGAGCGCGCUCGAACUCCGGCUGAAGAAGCUGUUUGAAGAAAGAGAGAGUUUACGGGAUCAGGUGAGACAGCUGAAGUCUCAGCUGGAUCGGAGACAGAAGAACGGGACAGACGAAGUCCAGAAUCCCGAAGGGGACCAUUUGGAGGACUCUCAUCUUCUGGACCUACAGAGAGACGCCAACAGACAAAUCAGUGAUCUGAAGUUCAAGCUGGUCAAAUCUGAACAGGAAGUCACCACUCUGGAGCAAAAUGUGAUCCGCCUGGAGGGUCAGGUGACCCGAUACAAGUCCGCCUCAGAAAACGCAGAGAAGAUCGAAGACGAGUUGAAGGUCGAUAAGAGAAAGCUUCAGAGAGAGCUCCGCUCGGCUCUGGACCGGAUCGAUGAGCUGGAGGUGAACAACAACCACCUGAGCAAACGUCUGGAGAAGAUGAAGGCCAACCGCAACGCCCUGCUGGCCCAGCAGUGACCAAGCAGCGCUCGCUUUCCUCUGCAUGCGGCGCCGGACGGGUGGAGUUAACUCAGUUUAAUUUUCUACAAACUAUCAAAAUCAAUCGAGAAAAUAAAGAUUCAUCAUCAUUGGGCCAGUAGUUGGUCUAUAAACCAGCCAGGACACUUUAGCCCCACGUCACACGGAGGCUUUAGGUCGGCUCAAAUACACAUCACUCAAGAUGACGAAUGGUGAGAGAACCAAACUAUUUAAAUAGGAUAUUAGGUGGAAUAUUACGUUCUAAUUUAAGUAAAUCUGACUUGGUAAACUCCGCCCGCCUGGCCCUCCUCCGUUUAUGUGAAACGUGGCACUACCUCCUGUGACGGAUCCGAGCGAUGAACCAGCAGCUGAGUUAUUUAUUUUUGUACUUCUGUUUAUUUCUUUCAUUCCUCCGUUUUUAAGGUUUCUUGUUUUCUUGGUGAGUUUUUUAUUGUAGGGUUCGGUGGGUAGGGCGGUAAGCCCCGCCCCCCAGGUCUUUACGAGGUGUCUGGGUGAUGGAAGGGGGCGUGGCCAGACCUGUUUCUUGUACAUAUACGCUCUGGGACGCAGCUGACCCGAGUCGGGAAUAUUCAACGUCAUCUCUUUAUGCCACUUGGGCUUGUAAACGUUUAAAAGUAAUCGCUGAAUGAAUCAACGUGGGAGGAGUUUGGAUCCAAAACAGCCGGUGGUCGGUUUCUAGUUUCCUGAUUGGUGGAGUUUUUUUUUAACUCCAUCAAAGGAAGUUUCCCUGGUAGCCAAUGGAUGUGUCUAGUCUCUGGACCCAACCUGGACGGUCACGUGACCGCUCUACUGAACUGGGGUCUGCUCUGAAUGUAACGUCGCGUCUUCCAUCUCCAGGUACGAGCAGUGUGCUCAUCAGCUUCUGUUCCAUCGUGUGUCCUAUUGAUUAGGAUGUGGGAUCGAUCGGUUGAUCAAGGUGAUGGGGGGGAAUUAAAAUCAUGACACAUCUGUUUCGCUCAAGUUUUUGUUUGAUAAGAACGUCUAAUAUGUUGGUUGGUUAUUCGGUCACACAAAGUUGUAGCCACAGACGGACAAAUGGCUUUAAAUAAAUACUUGUGUGCAGACG